CACGGGCGUUGCAUUGUUGGCGGGCAGAAGCAAAAAAAAAGGUUAUUUGGAGUGUUCAUGGCAUGAACCAUAGUCAUCUGGACUAGUUCGUGCACGCGGAUACCCGUGGCCUCGAGGCAAACAACGUGGUAGUAGCGGCGGUCCCUGAAAUCUGUCUAUCCCCCAUCAUGCUUCAGCUUCCCUGCAAUGUAACCUAGCGCUUACAUGCGCGCGGCAUUUCCGCAUCCAGGUCUCCUGCCAUCACGGUCACGGUCAUCAUGGUAGCUCUUCACUCGGCGAAAUCCGCUAUCGUUUAUGGAUUUCGUGAAUGAGCUGGGGUCUGCCUGACGAAGGAUAUAAGAUGGCGUCGUGAUCCCGCUACAAAAUCGAAACUCUUACCAGAUCAGACUCGAUAUAUCAAGACAGAUACAAGUUGCCUGCUCACCAUGUUCUCCAAGAUUGCCCUCCACGUUGCCCUUCUCAGCGCCUUGGCUGCUGCUGGCCCCAUUGAGCGUGCUGUCGAUGCUGUCGAUGCUUCGACUGCUGUUCCUCAUGUCGUCUUCACGCCCACUGGCCGUCUUGGCCACACCUCUGCCGCCCGCGACCUGUCUCUGGCUACUGAGGACAACUUGUACUGGUCUCACACUGACCAGGGCCUCCUUGCCAACAUGACUGUGACUGCUGCUCCUGCUUACCGCAUUCUCAACUCUCACAAGUUCAGUGACCUUGUCCAGUCUGUCGACUGCUCCAACGCCAAGAACAUCAAGAUCCAGUUCAACAACGGCAAGUCUGUCCAGGACGCCAAGAACGCCUGGUCCUGGGUGGCCCAGAACCCCGCCAACAACAUCAUCUACGUUGUCGAUGCCCCCGGCUGUGGUGGUGAGCACGGCCGUCUGCCUUACCACAUUAGCGGCGUCACCUUUGAUGGCUCCGUCGCCAACCUUGCCGUUGCCGCCGCUCCCCAGUGGGACGACUUUGUCGAUGAUGCCUCUGUCCGCAUCCACGGCUCGGAGCUUGUCCACAACAGCAAGCGUGCCAGCUACACCAAGCACGUCAAGAUCAGCCUGGAGCACACCUACAACAAGCACUUCUACGAUGCCACCAUUGGCCCUGCCCACCUCUCUGUCGACUGCAGCGACUGCGGUACCCACGGCUCUCUGGAUGCCGACAUCACCGUUUCCACUAAGCACGGCUUCACUGCCUCCGCUGCUGCCGCCGACAACCUGAGCGUCCGCUUUGCCGUUUCUGCCACCGCCUCGGCUGCCAUCACCACCUCGCACCUUUCCAACAGCAUUGAGAUUGCCAAGAUCCCCCUGGCCACCUUCAAGAUUGCCGACAUUGUCACCAUCCAGCCCGAGAUCACCCUCGAUGCCCAGAUCUCCGUUAGUGACAUCAAGGGCAGCAUCACCACCGUCUUUGGUGCUGAGCUUGCCGUCCCCAACGGCCAGACCAUUGCCAUUGGUGAGGGCUCUACCGGCUUCACCCCUGAAUUCCACAAGAUUGGCCCUACCGUCUCCGGUAAGGUCGAUGCCACUGCCCGCAUCAACCCUCUCGUCACCCUCGACCUCUCUGGCAAGAUCCUCACCAAGCACGUUACUGGCGGUGUUGCCCUUGCUGCCCCCUACCUGGCCAUUGCUAUUGGUGCUGAUGUCAACCAGCCCGGCACUUGCAACCAGGGCACCUCUUCCAUCCACUACUCUCUCGAUGUCGGUGCUGAGCUCGAUGCCUUCUACGGCUUCGGCAAGCCUGGUGACGAGCCCAACAAGAAGAACCUGUACAGCGUGUCCAAGAACAUCCUCAAGGACUGUAUCGCCAUUACCCACUAAGCAAUCUAUUUGCUGGAAAAUCAAAAACCAAAAAGUAACGUGUAUGGCUGCCAUGACAAAUAUGAUAUAUAGUAUAUACAGUACAUAAAAAUAAAUACACG